AUGUUAGAAAAAAAGUUUGCUGACAUUGACAAGAAAUUUGAGAAUGUUUUAAACAAGAACAAGAGGAAGUUAGAAAAUGCUCAGAUAAAACCCAUACAUGACAAGUUCUUAUUUGCUCAGAAUGGUAUAACAGGUCUAAUUGCACCACCUGGGUCGGGUAAGACUUUCACUUAUCUUAAAAUGGCUGCACAACAACAAGAACUAGAUGAGAAGAACCCAUUCUAUGAGUUAGUUGUCAUUUGUAGUACUUCUGGUCAAUUUGACCAAACCGUCAAUUCGUUCAAAGAUAUUAUAAAGAAGUCUAAGUUAGUAUGUAUAAAAGACUCUGAGUUGUUAGAUUGGAUAAAGAAGUACCAAAGAAGAGUUUUGAAGUACAAUGCUAUAAAUGAGUAUGUCAAUUCGAAGUUUAAAGACCCAAAUGAGGAAAUGCAGAGAAUAUUAGAGAAGAAACACUUCAGAAACAAACAGAAAGAGAUAGAAUA